GUGUGGGUGUGAGAUACUACGAAGGACACCACGACCCUGACCAGGAUGAAGUGUUCAGAUUCUGAUUCAGUAGAAGAUGCCUGAUAUUACAGUAACUCCUUUAGGCGCUGGGCAGGAUGUUGGACGCAGCUGCAUUCUGCUCUCUAUUGGGGGCAAAAAUAUAAUGCUGGACUGUGGUAUGCACAUGGGGUUCAACGAUGAUAGACGUUUUCCAGAUUUCUCCUACAUCACUCAAAAUGGUCGUCUCACUGAAUUCCUGGACUGUGUCAUUAUAAGUCAUUUUCAUCUGGAUCACUGUGGUGCUCUUCCCUACAUGAGUGAGAUGGUGGGUUAUGAUGGACCCAUCUACAUGACCCACCCCACCAAGGCGAUCUGCCCCAUCCUGCUGGAGGAUUUCCGCAAGAUCACAGUGGAUAAAAAGGGCGAGACCAACUUCUUUACCUCACAGAUGAUCAAGGAUUGCAUGAAGAAAGUGGUGCCGCUCAAUCUGCACCAAACUGUUCAGGUGGAUGAUGAGCUGGAAAUCAAAGCGUACUAUGCAGGUCAUGUUCUCGGAGCAGCGAUGGUGCAAAUUAAAGUCGGCUCAGAGUCCGUCGUGUACACGGGUGAUUAUAACAUGACACCAGACAGACACUUGGGUGCGGCAUGGAUAGACAAAUGUCGUCCAGAUAUUCUGAUUACUGAAUCUACCUAUGCCACCACCAUCCGAGACUCAAAGCGCUGCAGAGAGCGAGAUUUUUUAAAGAAAGUUCACGAAACCAUUGAGAGAGGAGGAAAGGUCCUGAUUCCAGUUUUUGCGUUGGGAAGAGCGCAGGAGCUUUGCAUCCUUUUAGAAACAUUCUGGGAGAGAAUGAAUCUAAAAGCACCCAUAUACUUCUCCACUGGCCUGACGGAGAAAGCAAACCAUUACUACAAGCUCUUUAUCACAUGGACCAACCAAAAGAUUCGCAAAACCUUUGUACAGAGGAACAUGUUUGAGUUUAAGCACAUCAAGGCUUUCGAUCGCUCUUAUGCUGACAAUCCCGGCCCAAUGGUGGUGUUUGCCACACCAGGGAUGUUGCAUGCAGGCCAGUCCUUACAGAUCUUCAAGAAAUGGGCUGGCAACGAAAAGAACAUGCUAAUCAUGCCAGGGUACUGUGUGCAGGGCACAGUCGGGCACAAGAUCCUGAAUGGUCAGAAAAAGCUGGAGAUGGAAGGAAGAGCCACGUUGGAGGUAAAGCUGCAAGUGGAAUACAUGUCGUUCAGUGCCCAUGCAGACGCUAAGGGCAUCAUGCAGCUCAUCCGUAUGGCAGAACCAAGCAACAUUCUGCUGGUGCACGGCGAGGCCAAGAAGAUGGAGUUUCUUAAGGACAAGAUUGAGCAGGAGUUCAAUAUCAGCUGCUACAUGCCAGCUAACGGAGAGACCACAACAGUGACCACCAACCCAAGUGUGCCAGUGGACAUCUCACUUAACCUGCUGAAGAGGGAGAUUGCUUUUGGAGGUCCGUUACCUGACCCCAAGAAACCUCGCACCAUGCAUGGAACACUGAUCAUGAAAGACAAUAGUCUGAGGCUGGUUUCUCCAGAACAGGCUUUAAAGGAACUGGGUCUUUCUGAACAUCAGCUGCGUUUUACCUGCCGUGUGCAUCUCCAUGACCCUCACAGUGACUCAGAUACACUCAGCCGAAUCUACAGCCAUCUCAAGAGUGUGCUAAAAGGUUACACUGUGCAGCACCUGCCGGACGGAACAGUCAUGGUGGAGUCCAUCGUCCUGAAAGUGUCCUCGUCUAGUGAUGACCCCAAUCUUAAGGUCAUCCUGCUCUCUUGGAGCUAUCAGGAUGAAGAGCUCGGCAGUUUCCUCUCCAGUCUGCUGAAGAAAGGUCUUCCUUCAGGAUUGUGAUUGUUUACUGCUGUACUAAAAUACAUUUAAUAAACUUUUUGUAGAGAAA